UGAAAUGAAUUUCAUCAGAUCGAAGUGGCUGUAGUUCAAACUGUGGCGAUAUAACAAUGAUAACCGCAUAUGUUGCAGGUUUAGAAACGUGAUCGGCGUGGACUGUACUGUAUAAAAGGUACAUUGUUACUAAUUGAAUUCCAUUCAAGAUUGUAAUAAAAUUUUGUCGGAUCGAAAAUGGCUUUAGUUAGGACCGACGAUAUGAAUGGGGUGCGGAAAUGCUGACAAUGAUAACUGCGUAUGUUGCAGGUGUAGAAACGUGAUCGUGGACUGUACUUUAAAAAGUUAUACUUCAGUAAAAUUGCUGAAACAUGGCAGAGAGACGCGAUGAUAGGAGUUACUCGUUUGAUCCCGUAUAUCGCCAUCUUCUGAGAGCCAGGGAUUUAAGUCAAAAUGCCGACGUUCCUCGGGACCUGAAGGCUGAAAUAAAUAGGGCUAUAGAGCUUUGUCAACAAAGAUUGCAAUAUUGUGAAGACCAAACAACAAAGCCUAGUCCGGCCCUCGCCCAUCUGAUUAAGGAGACCUUCGCUUAUCCGUGGGAAGAUGCUCACAAAGAAGGCAGGGUGUCAUACUACGCGACUCCCAGGAUGUUGACUGGAAACCUUGAAGCCCAGUUAAUAAAACUUAUAACAAGUGCCAGCAAGGCUAACAUGGUCCUUGAAAUUGGACUUUACACUGGUUGUUCAUCACUUGCAAUGGCGGAAGCCCUUCCUGAGAGCGGCAAAGUGGUCUCUUUGGAAAUUGACAAAGGCAUCGCGGAUGUGGCAAGAUCUUUUCUCAAUAGAUCACCAGUAGGGAAUAAAAUUGAAAUUAUGAUAGGACCAGCUUUAAACAGCCUGGAAAUCUUGGCAGAGAAGCAAGUGAAGUUUGAUGUUAUUUUCAUCGAUGCUGACAAGACGGGAUAUGUUCAAUAUUAUAAGACGAUUUUUGAGAAAGAUCUGCUCGCUUCGGAGGGAACGAUCAUUGUGGAUAAUGUUUUGAAAGAUGGAGACCCGUACUCGGGAGAGGAAUAUGAAUCGAACUCGGGAGCGAUUUCAGAAUUCAACGAAAUGGUUCUCCGCGAUAAAAAUGUCCACAAGGUGAUGAUUCCUGUGAGAGAUGGAGUAUACCUCAUCAGGAGGAUGAAGGACACGGAGAAAGCCUAAUCACGCUGUACUGAUUUAUAUAUUAACAAUUAAAUUAAUAGCAUAAUAAAAAUAGCGCCUUGAUAAUAAUAGUUAAUAAAACUUACUUAAUAAUUAAUAAACUGUUACCUUUACACAAGAUGAAAUUAAGACCUCUACGUUUUGCAAAAGUGAAGUAAAACCCAUGUGGCGGCAUAUACAUGAAUGUGCUUAAUUAACCAAAGAACGAGUUUGAGAAAGGGCUUUUAAUGACCACAAUAAUGUAAGCAGGAUCGUGCAUUCAUUGCGUAAGAUGUAUUUAAUUUGAUAUUGGAUGUACAUUCAGAUAAUAUCUGCAUAUUAUGCUAUCUGUAAUCUGGAAGAAAUGUUUAUACUUGUUGUUAUAACCAUUACCAAUGUCCAAAUUACUAAUAUCGUUAUUAAUGAUUGCGCCAGUCAAAGAAAGGUCUUAAGACAUUUUUUACAAAACAGAGAAUUAACGUCACAAACAUUUGACGUUAUUUCAUAAGCAUUUUUACCUGGUUUUUAAUAAUUCAACACGUUAUUUUGGGUUAACUCUUAAAUUUGGGUUAACUCUUAAAGAUAUAAUGACAAAUUCAUUUUGGGUUUUUUUUUGGUCUAAUUUUAUUUUAGAUUGAUCAAAUUAUGCUAGUUCAAAUAUUAGCUAUAUUUGAAUAAUUGAUGUAGAAAUAUUUAGUUAUUAAUUUUAGUGUAUGUGUAUACGUGUUUUAUUCUGUCACAUCAUAUAGUUAAUCAUGAGUAUCUGAUAUUGCUUGAUAUUUAGACAUAACAAAUAUUAUUACUUUUUAGCGAUGACUAUUGAUAAUAUUGUUUUCAACAAUGUACAAUUCGUAAACUUAAAGGUACAUUGCGCACACUAUACAGUCACUUAUUUUUUUAUUCAUUAUUUCAAAUGAACAAUAAAAGGGACGAAAAAAAAUAUCUGAAUGAACGAGCUCAAAAGCACACAAUCUUCACUUAUAUAUCCCUCUUUAUGAAAAUAAAAGAGAAUUUUGGAUACAAUCCAAGUGUUGAUUAAAACGCCGUAUGUUUAGAAAUACAAUGUUUAAAAUUUGCUUUCACUCUGAAGUUAAGAACAACAAAUCCUUUAUUUUGGUAGCUAUAUAGUGUGUAUACACGGUAUAUUCAAUAUAUUAUUUGCAUACCUUUGCUCAUCAAAGCGGACACGGUCUGGUAUACGUGUACGUAUAUCUGUAGUCUGAAGAUUUAUUAUCCUUAUGGCCCAGUUAUCGGAAAGUUUAAAAGUUCGUCGGUUCAUUAGUUUGAAAUUUUAUCUAUAUAAAUUCAAAAGGUUGGGUAGCCAAAAAACCUUAGAGUGUUAAUUCCUGAAGUUUUGAUCCACACCAAAAUAUACUGUCUACAUAUGUAGAAAGUACCAUUAUACGUAACAAUACAGUACUACAUUUAGUUUUGUAUGGGCAAAUUUUCUUGGAUUGCUAUUUUUUAGCCUGGUAGCUUAAUCCCUGCAAUAGAAACUCUGAUCAUUUUGCCCAUAUUCAGUGAGAAUAUAUUUAACUUCUAGGUGAGCCUAAAAUUGAGCUCGACGUUAAAAGACAUUUUAUGAUUAUGUU